UAUUUUGUCACCCAGGAACUGAACCGACAGAAAGAAAACUCAUUGCGGUUGAGGUGGUCUUUGGUACAAAAUGGCUGGAAAUACCACAGCUAAUAGUUCAUACCCUGCGCCCAUGAAGGCUACAUCGAAUGGGGUGUUCCAGGGUGACAAUCCUCUUGAUUUUGCAGUCCCUCUUGUUAUCCUUCAGAUAUGUCUCGUGGUUGCUCUCACCCGAUUUCUUGCCUUUCUUCUAAGGCCUCUACGCCAGCCUCGUGUGAUCGCAGAGAUUAUCGGAGGAAUAUUACUUGGCCCAUCUGCUUUGGGUAGGAAUACCAAGUAUCUGAACGCAAUCUUUCCAGCUAGAAGCCUCACAGUGUUGGAUACUCUGGCCAAUCUUGGUCUUGUUUUCUUUCUUUUCCUGGUAGGUUUGGAGUUAGACCUUCAAUCUCUACGUCAGACUGGAAAGAAAACUCUCAGCAUAGCUGUUGCAGGCAUUAGCCUUCCCUUUGUGUUAGGAGUAGGCACAUCAUUUGCCCUUCAUGCAACUAUUUCUAAAAGUGGGAAGGAAGCUCCAUUUCUUGUCUUCAUGGGGGUUGCUCUUUCUGUUACUGCUUUCCCUGUUUUGGCUCGUAUUUUGGCAGAACUCAAGCUUUUAACUACUGAUGUUGGCCGAAUAGCAAUGUCAGCAGCAGCUGUCAAUGAUAUGGUUGCGUGGAUUCUGCUUGCUCUUGCAAUUGCCCUGUCAGGAACUGGUCAUUCCCCCCUCGUAUCAUUGUGGGUGCUUUUAUGUGGUUCUGGGUUUGUCCUCUGUUGCAUAUUUAUUGUUCCUCCUACAUUCAAAUGGAUGGCUGACCGUUGCCCUGAGGGAGAACCAGUUGAAGAACUGUAUGUUUGUGCCACUUUAGCAGCUGUUUUGGCGGUGGCUUUUGUUACUGAUGCCAUCGGAAUUCAUCCCGUUUUUGGUGCAUUUGUGAUUGGAGUUCUUGUCCCCAAGGAAGGGCGAUUUGCUGUUGCUCUCGUGGAAAAGGUUGAAGAUCUUGUGUCUGGUAUUUGCCUACCCCUCUACUUCGUCUCCACUGGAUUGAAGACAAAUAUAGCUACAAUUCAAGGGGCUCGAUCUUGGGCUCUCCUUGUUCUGGUCAUAACUACUGCAUGUUUUGGAAAAAUGGUUGGCACAGUAACCGCUUCCCUCUUUUGUAGAGUGCCAUUUCAGGAGGCUCUAGCCCUUGGAUUCCUGAUGAAUAGUAAAGGCUUGGCGGAGCUCAUUGUCCUAAAUAUUGGCAAAGACAAAAAAGUAUUGAAUGAUCAAACAUUUGCUAUAAUGGUUUUGAUGGCUAUCUUCACAACUUUCAUCACAACACCCCUUGUGAUGGCAGUAUAUAAGCCAGCUAAAAGGAGGAGUGCAGUUGUUUACAAGUACAAAACAAUUGAAAGGAAAGAUACAAAUACCCAGCUUCGAAUCUUGGCCUGCUUCCACAGCGCAAGAAACAUCCCCACCCUGAUUAAUCUAAUUGAGGCUUCACGUGGAACUGAUAAGAGGAAACGACUCUGCGUCUAUGCUAUGCAUCUCAUGGAGCUCUCUGAGAGGUCAUCUGCAAUUCUCAUGGUUCACAAGGCAAGAAAGAAUGGGCUACCCUUCUGGAAUAAGGGGGAGCAGUCAGAUGGUGAUCAAGUUGUUGUUGCUUUUGAAGCUUUCCGGCAGCUAAGCAGGGUCUCUGUCCGCCCAAUGACUGCGAUAUCACCGAUGUCCACCAUACAUGAGGAUAUAUGUGACAGUGCAGAAAGUAAAAGGGUAGCAAUGAUCAUUCUCCCAUAUCACAAGCACCAGAGGUUGGAUGGAGCAUUGGAAACUACUCGAACUGAGUUCCGUUGGGUCAAUAAGAGGGUUCUUGAGCAUGCACCGUGCUCAGUUGGUAUCUUGGUUGACCGUGGCCUUGGUGGAACCACCCAUGUAUCUGCAAGCAAUGUUUCUUCCACCAUAACAGUACUCUUCUUUGGCGGACGUGAUGAUCACGAAGCCAUUGCUUAUGGUGCACGCAUGGCGGAGCACCCUGGUGUCAGGCUAACUGUAAUUCGCUUCCGGCAAUCUCCUGAAAUUUUAGGGGAGAUAAUAAAUGAAGAGUCCGAACCUUCAACACGAUCAAUGGACGAUCAAAUUCUAGGGGAACUCAAGAAGAAAAUUUCGAGUGCAAGCCCAAUCAAAUACGAAGAGAGAAUAGUGAAAAAUGCAGCAGAUAUUAUCGAAACAGCACGAGAAUUCAGCCAAUGCAAUCUUUUCCUGGUGGGAAGAACGCCUAAGGGUCAGGUAGUUGCAAAAUUGAAUGGCAAGAAUGAGGGCAGUGAAUUAGGGCCCGUAGGCAGCCUGUUGACAUCUCCUGAAUUCUCAACUUCAGCAUCAGUUUUGGUGGUACAGCAGUAUAACAACACUUCUCCUCUCCCUCCAUCAACUUCCAUAAAUGUGGCUCCUCUCCCUCCAUCAAUGGUAGAGGAGGAAGAAGAAUCAAUUUGAUUAGCUUCACUCCGCUGUGGAAUGUACAGAAACAGCACACCAUGUUGUAGCCAGCUUCAGUUGAUUUCGUUAAAAUUCUGCCUGGAAUAAAAUGCUUCCAUUUAGUUUAGCUGUUGUCUCAUGUAAAAUACAGGAUGAAAUAAAUGCAUAGUUUUUCCAAAGUUUCUCAUGUUGUAGUAUUGUUUCUUUAAUUUACUUCCCUUUUCUUUUUUUUUUUUUUGGUUACCAAAUUAAAGCCUAAUAAAGUUUAUGUGAAAUG